CGGCGUCGCGGUUUCCCGCCGCUUUUCGUGCUCCCGGCGACCGGAGAGAGCUGCGAAGAGCGAUGAGCAGCGAGGACGACGAUGCGUGGCGAAUCGUCCACGUCCCCGGCAGGCCGCCGAUUCCGCCUGAUCAGCAACUCACAGUGAACGUGGUCGCAGCUCAGAUUGAGCAGCCGAAGAUCACGAACACUAUCAUAUGAGGCGUUUGAGUCAAAUUGCGCCAUUGGAGGACCUCCACCACGUGAAGCGGGUGAAGAAGAAGUGUCUCGAAGGAGGUCUGCAAAUAUGCUGCAUCGUCAACGGAAGAGUGGGUAGAACAGUGCAAGCUAUGGCCCACCUCAUACCAUCCACCAACCUAAGCAGCGAUAUCAGUGGCAUAACUGGGUUUAGUGAUGAAGACUCACAAUCAGUUGUAAGUUUUAUGAAGUAUGCUCUGGAAUUGGCGAAAUCUCAUGGUAAUAUGGUGGUCAAUGCUGCAGCAAUUGUAGAUCCUCUAUCUAAUCAAGUGAUUGCAAGGGCAUGUGAUGAAGUCUGCUCUUGGCAAACUCCAAAAACAGAAGUUGGUGCUGAAUGUAAAAGUUCCACCAAAUCUUGUGCUGAAAUGACUGGAUGGAUAAAACAUGAAUCAUGUCUUCAAUGCUGUUCCUCAGGUGGGGCAGAGCAAGUUGAGACAUCCAUUUCUUGUCUACAUCCACGACAGUGGGUAGAUGAACAGACUGGCAGGAGCUCUUCAUUUUGGCACCUGUUGCGACACGCUGUGAUGAUGGCCAUUGAAUCAUCUGCUGCCAGGGACAGACCCUUAUUCCCUGAUGUGAGAUACAAAGAUGAAGCUACCAUAGAGGAGUAUAUUCUAUCUCCUGCAAAAUCUCAAACAAAAAGACGGAGAACUGAUGGCAAUGACGUAAGCUUUUCCUCUACAUGUGAAGGAAAUCCUGGCAAGACUUUCUAUUCUAGCAUGACAAAUCUUGUGCAGUAUGGAGAAUUUGUGUGGACGAUUGCCUUAUUUGAAUGGAUGAACCCGUUGAAAUAUCAAUGGUUCUGUUGCCAAUUAUUGGAAAAAUUGGGUUCACCUUAA